GUAGAACAAUAGUCAGCGUUGUUGAACGUAUUAGUUACAGAUUUUAACACAAGUUUAUUGUUUCUUUCUAUAUGAGAGCACAACCAUUACCCAGGACAUUUUUGGCAGUUUGUGGGCGUGGCAACAUCAAAAAACAAACGUGCGCUGCGUCUAUGCCUCUGGAAUCUGUAUGCCUUAGGAAACUUAUCAGCUUUUAUAGUUCCUCUGAUCUCGACGGACAGACAGGCAGGCGGACGGACAUGGACUGGUCGAACGAGAAAGUGUGAUUAAGUGUAUGAAAAAAUAUAUUCUUGAAAAAAUCGCUUAGGAAAAGAUGGGAAAACAGCUGUCGAUGUCGAUUCUUUCUUCCAUUCAAUGGGGUUAAGUCUGGGAAUUCAUCGUUGCAUCAGCUAAUUCUCUUGAAAAAACAUUGCAAGGCUGGAAAUAUCAACUUCUAGUGAAUACUGACGAUAGGGAAAUGUAAUUACUCUCAACAAAAUUUUGAGUACGACCAUUUUUACGAUCGAUUUAGAAAUAUAAAUAAAACAUGCAUAUAAGUUUAAGGUGACGUCCUAAGUAAAAGUAUGUGUACCUUAAAUGGUUAUAGUAAGUAUUUUAAACUAUUGUAUAUGGAAGGGUAUUUAAUGAUGAAGUGUAAGCUCGUUUUAUUUUUUGCUAUAUAAGACGCAUGUUGCAAAAGAGAGCAUUAUCACAUACAAGAUGGAGUUUAUGUUUCAGGUUCUACUAGUCAGUUUCAUGGUCACUGCUUUAGCUGCAACCAACCUAGGAUCAUCAUACCGAUAUGACUGUAAUUCGAUUAAAUGCACUUACAAGCUUUGCACAAAUACUUUAGAUGGUACACAAGAUUGCACUACUAGCGAUUCCGUUCCUAAAAAUAUAGCAGGCAAGAGAAGAGCAUCUUCCUACAGGUAUUCAUGUGCUUGGAAUACUGGCGUAUAUAAAUGCACCCAUAUACGAUGCACCCAAGAUUUCGGAGGUCAUAAAAAUUGUACAACAAGCGUUACUACCCCAAAUUAAAG